CUCUGGGGCCGCGCGCGCGCAGUGUGUGUAUGAUAGGAUGGAAGCCGAUUAUUAGAUAUUAUUGGAGCUUAUGUGAUAUAAAUCCAUACCAGCUGCUGAUUGCUGCUGUAGAAGACCGGGCUGUGUGCUUUGAUACUGUUUUUUCCUGCGUAUCAGUAUCAAGAUAUUGAGAGAGGCCUUAUCAAUCUUGAAGGUGCCUGUGCGCUGGCUUCAUGCCUAGCACAUUUUGAUGCAACCUAGUUCUAGUAAAUGUGUUCUAACCUGCUCAGAAAUAUCACAUUUGCGGGCUUCUUCAGUCAAUGCUAUCAAGAAACAGUUCGUUGAGGAUCUCAAUCUGUUGAGCCAUGAAUUUUACUCGUCUGGUGAACGUUAAAAGCUUCUUGUCCAGCAAGCUAUUACAGAAUGUUCCUGCUGCAGGGUUCAAAUAUUUCAAGCCCCCUACAGACUAUACUGGAAUGCAGAUCCCAGAGAAGCCAAAGCUAUGGAUGCUUGCCAAAGUUCCUCAAUUUCCUCCAGGUAUGAGGAUCCCCAAGUCUCAGAAGAGGCUGAUUGACAUGAGGGGUCCAGAGACUGUCCAUAAUCAGCUUUUGCACAAACAGUAUGGCAUUGUUGCUGUGACUGGGGGGAAGCUGAGGCAUGGGCACAUGGAGAUGAUUCGCAUGACCCUUGGAAGACGGAUGGAUACAAGCAGAAUGUUUGCAAUUUGGAGGGUGGAUGCAGUAUGGAAGCCCAUCACAAAGCGUGGCCAAGGCAAAAGAAUGGGAGGUGGGAAAGGCUCCAUAGAUCAUUAUGUGAGUCCUGUGAAAGCAGGUAGAGUGAUUGUGGAGCUGGCUGGUGCAUGUGAGUUUGAGGAGGUCAAGCCUGCACUACAGGAAGUAGCAGGCAAGCUCCCCUUCAAGGCAGAAGUUGUUAGUCAUGAAACCCUGCUGAAGAAAAAAGAACUGGAACAAUGGGCAGAUGAAAACAACACCAAUCAGUACACAUACAAGUAUCUGAUUCAAAAUAACAUGAUGGGGUGCCACAAGUGGUGCUCAAAGUAUGACAAAGUUUGGUUUGGGAAGUACCAGUGAAGUACCAAUCAUGACUCUGGUGGCUGUCAUGUGCAACUGAGAGUACUGCUGCAUCGUGCUUGUGAUCAAUAGAUGUCUUUAUUAGA